AUGGUGUUCACUGAGCUCUUGGAGCAGGCUGAGGGUGUGGGCUUCUUCCAGGCCCUGCAGGUCCUCACCUUCUUCCUCCUCUCUGUCUGGGCGCCCAUCCAAUUAGUUGUGGAGAACUUUUCAGCCGCUGUCCCAGGCCACCGCUGCUGUGCCCACGUGCUGGACAAUGCCUCUGAGGCCCCCGCAAACCUCACCCCCGAGGCCCUCCUGCCCGUCUCCAUCCCACUGAGCCCCAACCAGGAGCCCCACCAUUGUCUGCACUUCCGCCAACCACAGUGGCAGCUCCUGGACCCCAAUGCCAUGGCCACCAACUGGAGCGAGGCUGCCACGGAGCCGUGCGUGGACGGCUGGGUCUACGACCGCAGCACGUUUACCUCCACCAUCAUGACCGAGCCAGGCUGAUGCACCCUCCUUCUCUUCUGGCGGGACCUGGUGUGUGACCACCAGGGCCUGAAGCCCCUAGGGCAGUGCAUCUACCUGGCGGGGGCCAUGGCGGGGAUCACCUGGGGCCUCCUCUCCCACCGGUUUGGGCGGAAGCCAGUUCUGAGCUGGCGCUGCCUGCGUGGCGUGGCCAGCAUCAGCCCCAUCGUUGCCCCCAAUUUCCUUGUCUGAUUUUUGAGCGCUUUUGGAUUGUCUGGCAUCAUCCUGACCUCAGCGACGCUCAUGGUGGAUUGGACCACGACCCGCACGAGGGCCGUCACCAUGAUGAUACUGAGAUGCACCUGCAGCAUCGGCCAGAUGGCCAUGGGCAGCCUGGCCUUUGCCCUGUGGGACCGGCGAGCCCUCCAGCUGGCCUUGUUGGUGCCCUUCUUGGUCACCUUCCUGAUAUCCUGGUCACCAAGCACCUGCUUCUUUAACCGGUGGCCGCCAGAAUCCGCCCGAUGGCUGAUUAUGGUGGGCAAAACAGAUCGAGCGCUUCAGGAACUCAAAAAUGUGGCCAAGAUAAAUGGCCACAAGGAAGCCAAAAAGACACUGACUAUAGAGGUACUGAUGUCCAGCACGGAGGAGGACGUAGCCUCUGCGAAGUCCCGCCGGUCAGGGCUGGGUCUGUUCCGUAUGCGCGCGCUCCGCUGGAGAAGCUGCAGACUGUUGGUAGUGAGCUUGCCCCUCACCCUCUCCUACGAUGGGCUGGUCCUCAGCCUGCAGAACCUGGGGAGCAACAUCUUCCUCCUCCAGGUCCUCUUUGGAGCCGUGGGCUUCUGGGCCCGGAUCACCACCACGCUCGUGCUCAGAUUCUUUGGCCGCCACACGACCCUGGCCGGCUCCCUGGCUGUGGCUGGCCUCGCCAUCCUGGCCAACAUGCUGGUCCCACAAGAUCUGCAGACCCUGCAUGUGAUCUUGGCUGUGCUGGGAAAGGGAUGUUUUGGCAUCAGCUUAACCUGCAUCAUGGUCUACAAGCCGGAACUCUUCCCAACUUCGCUGCGGAUGACAGCAGAAGGCUUCCUGCAUUCAGCAGGUCAGCGGGGGUCUGUGAUGGGCCCCCUGACCAGGAUGACCCGCGAGGUCCUUCCCCUGCUGGCCCCCCCCUACGGUGUCAUCCCCAUCGUUUCCAACCUCAUUGUCCUCUUCCUCCUGGAGACCUGGGGACUUCCACUCCCUGACACCAUCCAGGACCUGGAGAGACAGUGA